AUGAUUUCACACAACACUCUUUACAAUCUGGCUAAUUCUCUCGGGCUGCUGGCCAUGGUCACUGUCGUUGGGUACCACUUCGUGGCGGUGAACGCGAGAUACCUAGAAAAGAGCAAGAAACAGUAUAUAUACGUAUUGUGUACCAUUUCCGCUUCCACUUCAAAUGAAUUGGUUUAUCCUAUAACGUCUUCCACGGUCCCUCAUAACAGCUCUUCCGUGUCUUCGCCAUGCCCUGUUUCUUCGUUCUCCAAGUAUCCGCUCGAUGUGUCUUCGUCGUCCGUGUCUCCGUCGUCCGUGUCUUCAACGUUCCUCUGCUGA